CGGUGCUAGCUUUACUUUACCGCUACGGUGUCGAGCGUAGGCCGCAGCAAGAUGGCGGCUCCGCGCAGGCAAUAUGGGCUCAUUUUGCCAAAGAAAACGCAGCAGUUGCAGAAACCUGUUUUGCAGAAGCCAUCAGUGUUUGACGAUGACUCUGAUGAGGAGACCUCCGUGAGAGACAGCCUUCAGAGAGAAGCCUUCAAGAAGCAAGUGAUGAAGCAGACCAAACUUGAAAUCCAGAAAGCCCUAGCAGAAGAUGCCACUGUGUAUGAAUAUGACAGUAUUUAUGAUGAAAUGCAGAGGAAGAAGGAAGAAAGUAAUCCUAAACUGCUUUUAGUAAAAGACAGACAGCCUAAGUACAUCCACAGCCUACUAAAAGCAGUUGAGAUAAGAAAAAAAGAGCAAGAGAAAAGAAUGGAAAAGAAAAUUCAGAGAGAACGAGAAAUGGAAAAGGGAGAAUUUGAUGAUAAAGAGGCAUUUGUGACAUCUGCUUACAAGAAGAAACUUCAGGAGAGGGCUGAGGAAGCAGAAAGAGAGAGGAGAGCCGCUGCCCUGGAGGCUCGUCUGGAUGUAACCAAGCAGAAAGAUCUCAGUGGAUUUUAUAGGCACCUUUUAAAUCAAACGGUUGGAGAAGAGGAAGUGCCUGAAUGCAGCCUUCGGGAAACCAGCUCUAGGAUAAAAGAGGAGAAGCCACGGGGCUAUUCUGAUGAAUUAAAUCCAGACAACGGGGUCCCAGAUGAUGGAGAUGUACCCAAAGCCAGAGUGAAAGAAGAGGAAAACCCUGAUGCAGACAGCGACAUUGAUGUGGACAGCAGCGAAGAAGAUGAUAAAAUGGCAGACAAGAGUCAUUCGAACUGCAAGAGUGGCAGGAGCCACGCCCACUCCAGCUCCUCAGGGGAGGACAGAGGCCAGUAUGACAAGGGCCACACCAGGGGCUCCAAGGCAGGAGGCAGUGAUCCAGCAGUGAGGGACAGAGGUGACCAGCAUCAGGACCGCGGACAUGAAAGCCAGGUCAGGGAGCAGAACAAAUGUCCCAUUGAUGGUGGUCGCCAGAAAGAAAAAACGUUUCAGCACAGGCCCAGGGAAGACAGCAGUAAAGAGUACUCCCGGAGGAGGCAUGAACCGGAAGAGAGAGAGAGAGGAAAAGAGAGAAGAGAGAGGAGGAGGACUGACAGCCGAGAGCGCAGGCGGGAGGAGGAGUGGGAGAAGCAGCCCCCCAGGGAUCGAGAAAGAGCCAGGCGGAGAAAUAGUGAAGACCAGCGCGAUGAGGAGAGGGAGGCGAGAGAGGGAGGCAGAGGCCGUGCCGAGAGAAAGAAACACCAGCAUGAGAAAAGCAGAGACAAGGAGCUGAGCACCGGGCCUUCAGAGAGGGAGGGGCCGAGCUCAGGUUCUGGGGUACAGGACAGGCCACGUGGGGAGGAAGGCUCCAGCGAGGGGGGAAACACGGAGAGGGCCUCCAGCCCCAAAGGAACCCAGGGCCCAAAGCACCAGCAAGAGGGGGGAGGAGAAGGAGGGGAGAAGCCGCCUGAGACUCAGAGCAAGUUUGCAAAGCGCAGCAGCAAAGAGACCGUGACGUCAGCGCGAGACCGCUACUUGGCCAGGCAGAUGGCGCGGUGUGGUGCCAAAACCUACAUUGAGAAAGAAGAGGACUGAGGGUCACCCAGCAGGGGGCUGAGCAUGUGUGGAAGGCAGCGGGGGCUGAACUGGCUGGAGGAGAGAAGAGGGCAAGGACUUUUUUUUACAUUUGUUAGGGGAAGGGGUACAGCGACUUAUACAUGUUUUGAGCACACUGUAAUUUAAUGUAAAUAAAAAUGUCCUUGA